ACCGCCUGCCGGGAGCCUACGCGCGCCCCGGAGGGGAAAGCGGCUGUUGCGCGGGCGCAGGCAGGGGCGCAGGGAGGGGAUAUGGCAUCCAGCCAGCGCAUAACUUUAGACCAAUGGAAGAAAAAAGCAGCAAAAGUUGAACUGAAUGACACCCAGAAGCAAGAAAUUAAAGAGGCCUUUGACUUAUUCGAUAUUGAUGGAUCUGGAACCAUAGAUCUGAAAGAACUGAAGAUUGCGAUGCGGGCCUUAGGCUUUGAGCCAAAGAAAGAAGAAGUCAAACAACUGAUCGCUGAAAUUGACAAGGAAGGGACUGGCACCAUUUGUUUUGAAGAUUUUUUUGCCAUCAUGAGCGUAAAAAUGAGUGAAAAAGAUGAGAAAGAAGAAAUACUGAAGGCAUUUAAAUUAUUUGAUGACGAUGCUACUGGAAGCAUAUCACUAAAUAACAUCAAGAGGGUUGCCAAGGAGCUAGGGGAAAACUUAACCGAAGAUGAAUUACAGGAAAUGCUUGAUGAAGCUGAUCGUGACGGGGAUGGAGAGAUAAAUGAGGAAGAAUUCUUGAAGAUGAUGAAGAAGACCAGCCUUUAUUAGCUGCUUGGUGCCUUCCAGGAGGUUUGGACCUCCUGUUAACAGCUUUCCUGUUAAGCAGUUCAAUGAUGUAAUACCUGAGUGUAUCCAUGUCCACUUUUAGUUUGGGUUAGUCCCUUGGUGUCUAAUCUGUGCCAGAAGUUAUAUGUCCCUACCAAUGUCAUUAAAUCAGUAGUAGUAAGAAACAAACAGACAAACAAAAGCAUGAUUUAUUUGAACUGUGAGCCCCAAACAGUAUUUCCAUAUGGUAUUUGAAAGUCGUAGAUUCCAAAGACAUUUGACUUUUAUUUUUCAGUUGAAUAAACUUGGCCCCCAGAUCCAGAUGAAAUUGUUUUUAAAAACAAUCUGAAAAUGGUAUUUUUCCAUUAUUUCCUUUUAUAUGACUUAAAAAAAACUGAUAAAAGUGUUUUUUUUUAAAUCUGUUCCUUCAAUAUGUAAAGUAUUAAUAAAACUGGGUGACAUACAGUG